ACUGUUGGCUAAACAAUGAUUUGUUAUCAUCAUUAAUUGUGACAAUUAAUAGGAUUACUUUGGAUCAUCACCAUGUAUCAUAAACAAUGAGUGAGACGAUACUACUCACAUCCAAUAGAGGGCGCUGCUCUCCAAGUUCAAGUUCAAAAGCAGUAUUUACAAUUCAUCAGGAAUCGACCGGACAAGGGUUUAUUGUUAUAACAUCAAAUCAUCUAAUGCCACCAUCUUAAACACGGUCCAUAACCAUUUAAAAUGCAUAUCGCUUCAUGCAGUAUUUAUAUGGAGAACGGUUAGAUUGUGUUUCAUUUGAUUUAAGCUAUCGAUCGCCGUAUCCACAUUCUUCACGCAAGAAUGCCCAUCAAAUCAAUAUAAUAUAUGUAUUGGUUUUUGAGCACAAACAGAGGGUAGCUGGACAUGUAGACGACCAACAGCAAAAACAUUAUAAGACAACUGCGUACACGCAAGAACAUAUGAUAUAUUUUCAACAGGAUUAAAAAUAAAAACAAAUCAGAAAUCAAUAUAUCGGGUGUACGAACACAACAGGCCAGAAGGUUCUUCAUCUGAUCAUGAGAAACAUAAAACCACUCAAGCGAUGCGUUGCGUUCGCGUUGCUCGCAUGAUCGCGUCAGAUCUGAUCAGCGGCUCGGAAUAUCUAUCUAUAGCGAUAAUACAAAAUCAAUAACCGUAUAAACUCUCUUCUUUUAACGGAUGAAAACGUAUCCAGCAUCCCCCUCCCGCUCCUGCGCCACGGGGAGCGCGACUCAACGCGGAAACUCCAUCCCGCGUUUUCUGCCUUUUAUUGAGGACGCUCUCAAUAAUUGUUUUCAGUAGUCCUAUUCAAUAUCGCAGGUCGGCGUUCGUUCGAUAACUCCGUUCCUCGCGCGCCCGCGCCGUUCGAUCCGCUCCGCUCCGUGUUUUGCGCGCGCUCCCCCGCCUCUCUCUCUCGCGCUCUCUCUCUCUCUCUCUCUCUCGCUGAACUCCAGCCCCUCUCGCGCUCUCUCUAUCAGCCUUUCAUUCCGUCUCAAUAUGUCUCAAGAUGGCGGCCAAUGCGGGAUCGAUGUUUCAAUAUUGGAAACGCUUUGAUUUGCAGCAGCUCCAGAAAGAACUGGAUGCCACCGCCGCAGCCCUGGCCAACAGACAGGAUGAAACUGAGCAGUCCAGGAAAAAACUCAUCGACCAAAGCCGCGAGUUCAAGAAGGAUACUCCAGAGGAUUUGCGUAAACAGAUAGCUCCUUUGUUGAAGGGCUUCCAAGCAGAGAUCGACGCCUUGAGUAAAAGAAGUAAAGAAUCAGAGGCUGCUUUCCUCAGCGUGUACAAGAGAUUAAUCGAUGUCCCAGAUCCUGUCUCGACUCUGGAGGCAGCUCAGCAACUCCAGGUGACUGUUCGGAAGAUGCACGACUUGGAGACAGAAAACCAGAAGCUCAAAGAUACACUACAAGAGUACGAACGUGAAAUUGCAGAGGUUAAAAACCAAGAAGUCACUAUUAAAGCACUUAAAGAGAAGUUGGAGCAGUAUGAGCGUUCUCUGCAGGCCAAGAACACAGAGGAAGCUCCCGAUCAGAACCAGGACCGAUCAGGAAGAGAAGAGAGGGAAAGCAAAGGGGAAAACCUUCCUAACAACUAUGCAGACAAGGAGAGUCAGCCACAGCAGAGCCAGGACAGCAGGACAGAAGACUUGGACAUGAAAACGCAGUCCUUACAAACAGCACUUGAAGCAACUCAGGCAGAACUCUAUGAACUGAAGACUAAAUACGAUGAAGAAUCCACAGCAAAGGCCAAUGAGAUUGAAGUGGUGAUGACAGAUUUGGAAAGAGCCAAUCAGAGGGCCGAGGCGGCAGAGAGGGAGGCCGUGAGCCUGAGGGAGCAGCUCACUUCAGCUGGCAAAACCCUGCAACCAUCCAAUCAGAUCCAGAAAGCACCGGAAGUAGACAAGUCUCUGGAGGCGCUAUCUUGCAGCAGACUGGAGGCAGAGUUGGGUGCAAAGGAAAGGGAGGUAGAGCGUUUGGCUGAGGACGUUCAGAGACUUCAAGCCAGUCUGGCCCAGCUCAGCGAGACCUCCACCAAUCAGAUCAGCCAGCUCGAGCAGCAGCUGAGCUCCAAAGAGGCCCUAUUAAAGCAACUUGAAGAAAAUCUUCAAGAGCAGUCAGACUACGAUGAGAUCAAACGAGAACUCUGCAACCUGAAAUCCAUGGAGCACAACUCAUCAGAUCAUCACUCUUCAGUACAGGACUCAUCCAAGCCGUUGGAGAUGUUGCUGAUGGGGAAAGUCCAUAGCCAGCUGUCUGAGAGCGCUUUGAAACGACUGGCCAACAAUGACUUCAGUGGAUCAGUGGGGCGGAAAAGUAAAGAAACCACAGUGGAAAACCCUCAGCGUCUUCCUGCCACUCCAGUCCCUACCACACUCCAGGGGUCCCCUCCUCCCCCCUCCCCUCAGCUUUUGAUGAGGACGGGCACCGCUACCUCCGAAUCUGCUGCCAGUGCCAACGGUACACACCCUUUCUCCCCCACGGGCAUCGGCCCAGACUUCUUUACCCCCGGCAUGGCCAGCGUGGGCGCCACGUUCCCCCCGUUGGCUGGCAAAAUGGCACUCAACUCUCUUCUUCAGAGGCAGCUCAUGCAAACCAUCUACACCAAAGCCCUCCAGGACCCUUCUCCAAGUUCUGUGCUCUUCGGGCUGCCCCAUUAUGCUACAACCAACUCUCUCUCCAGCCCCCUACCCCCUCAGUCAGCGGGCAGCCCAGAGGUUAAUGGCCUGGUGCCCUCUCCCAGCCAGUCUGAGGGUGCAGGCAGCACGUCGGAAGGGGAGGAUAUGGACACGGCUGAGAUUGCGCGACAGGUCAAGGAGCAGCUGAUCAAACACAACAUCGGCCAGCGUGUGUUCGGCCAUUAUGUGUUGGGUCUGUCCCAAGGCUCAGUCAGUGAGAUUCUGGCCCGGCCCAAACCCUGGAGCAAGUUAACUAUCCGUGGCAAAGAGCCCUUUCACAAGAUGAAGCACUUCCUGUCUGAUGAGCAGAAUAUCCUGGCGCUGAGGAGCAUCCAGGGCAGGCAGAGAGGUAACAUCACCACACGGAUCCGCACACCUGAGACCGGCUCCGAUGAAGCCAUCAAGUCCAUCUUGGAGCAGGCCAAGAGAGAGUUACAAGUGCAGAAAGCAGACGGUGUGGGGGAGAGGCAACGGCGAUCAGGUUACCACAGAGGGUCGGGCAGCUAUUUCCAAAUAUAUGCACACAGUCUAAGACUUGUUGAGAGUUCUCAGCCUCCGUCCUCCUCCAGCAACUCCGACGAGAACAUUCGUUCCAUCCUUGAGCAGGCUCGGAGGGAGAUGGAGGCCCAGCAGGUGGCUCUGGAGCCCGUACUAAAGGCCAGCUCUAUGGCCCCGACCGAUCUAUCGCUCCUGGGCUCCCCGCUCUCCAGCCUCCCCUACACCCCUAUUGCUCAGUCUCUGAAGAAGCCCUCCACCUCUCCUCUCUUAGACUUCCACAGUGGGGUGAAGAAGGAGAUGGGUGAGGUGGCCGUCUCAGAUGUGGGGGUGGACGGAGUGCACAAGCUUGGGCGUCUCUCUGAGAGUGGAGGAGGUUUAGGUGGGGGUUCUUGGAGGGAGCACUGGUGGAGCACAGGUCUCUCUGAGCGUCGCGGAACCGGGCAGCCCUCUGUUAGCGAAGACGCCCACAGCCAAGAGGAUAGCAAGGAGAAGCUCCCUCGGCUGGGCAGCACUGCGCCUGUGGCUCCUGCUUCCUCUCUGGAUUACUGGAAAGACUGGCCCAGCUCAGAGUCCCCAUACUCCCAGAGCUCAGAGCUGAGUCUGCAGAUGCCCAGCGGCAGCGAGACGCCUCAGAGCAGCCCACUGCCUUCCUCCUCGCCUUUACUGUCCCUCCCCAAAGUCGCCAAACCUGUGGUGCCCCCGCUCACACCUGAGCAGUACGAGUACUACAUGUACCAGGAAGUGGACACUGUCGAUCUCACACAGCAGGUCAAAGACAAACUAGCCAAGAAUGGCAUCUGCCAGCGGAUCUUUGGCGAGAAGGUGCUGGGCCUCUCUCAGGGGAGCGUGAGCGACAUGCUCUCUCGGCCGAAGCACUGGAGCAAGCUCACGCAGAAAGGAAGAGAGCCGUUUAUACGCAUGCAGUUAUGGCUGAACGGAGAGCUGGGCCAGGCACUGCUGCCAAUGCCUGGACAGACACAAGAGAUUACGCCGAAGACCUCAGCCAGCUGCAGUCCUGCCCCAGAAUCCCCUCUGAGUUCGGCUGAGGAGUCUGUUAAAAGCCAGCAGGAGGAGCAGAUGUGCCGAGCGUCCAUCCAGGAGCCCAGCGAAACUUCCGAGUCCCAGCCCGGCACGCCUCUACCGUUACCUCUGCCGGGACACUCAGGGCUAAGCAUACAAGAGAUGGUAGCAAUGUCGCCUGAGCUGGACACCUACGCCAUCACUAAGAAAGUGAAAGAAGUUCUAACAGAUAACAACCUCGGUCAGCGUCUGUUUGGCGAGAGCAUCCUGGGUUUGACGCAGGGCUCCGUGUCUGAUCUGCUGGCCCGGCCCAAGCCCUGGCACAAGCUCAGUCUGAAGGGUCGAGAGCCGUUCGUACGCAUGCAGCUGUGGCUGAGCGACCCGCAGAAUGUGGAGAAGCUCAUGGACAUGAAGCGGAUGGAAAAGAAAGCCUACAUGAAGAGGCGUCACAGCUCCAUCGGUGAGAGUCAUUCGCUGGAGACUGGUCUGUCAGGAACUGACUUCACUCAGGGCGCCAGCCCCCAAAACCUCUCCCAGCAGCAGCAGCAGCAGCAGCAGCAGCAGCCCCAGCUGAAGAAACCCCGUGUGGUGCUGGCUCCAGAAGAGAAGGAAGCUCUGAAGAGAGCCUACCAACAGAAGCCUUACCCCUCCCCUAAAACCAUAGAGGAGUUAGCGAGCCAACUCAACCUUAAAACCAGCACGGUCAUCAACUGGUUCCACAACUACAGAUCCCGUAUCCGGCGAGAACUCUUUAUCGAAGAGAUCCAGGCAGCGGCCGGCGAAGGUGGGUCCCCCUCGGCGCGGCCCGGGAAGUCUGGGGGCGAGGGAGACAACAGCUGCGACGGCACCGAGUCUGACAGCACCGCGGAGGGCCGACCGAGUGGCUCAGAGGACCGCAAGAGCUUCCUGGAGAGCCCCAGCCUCAGCCACAGAGAUGAAGAGGGCGAGGCCGAGUUCCCCAGCGCCUCGGGCACCAGCAGGCCACGAGGAGGUAUCAUAGACAGCCUAUUCGGCAUCCCUGAGUCCAUAUCCGCCGCCGCGCCCCCCUCCCGAAACCCAAAGGACAGCAGUCUGCGCAAGAAGAAAGCAGCCAACCUCAACAACAUCAUCCACAGGCUGGAGAAAGCGGCGAACCGUGACGAGCCUCACGAAUGGGAGUUCUGAGGCACCGCCAUGUUGUUGUCGUUUUAUUCUCACUUUGUCCCUCACUGAGCUAACCCGGCCAAGCCUGGUGCACACACAACUCUGGUUAACCCAAGGGUUUUCGAUUCGCUGAUUAGAAGUGGGCUAUCAGAGACGAACAAGAAAAGGAAACAAGUUUUUAGUCUGUUUAUUUUGUGAAGCACUUAACGCCCUGCUGGCCACAGGGCUGUGAUACCAUUGGCUAAUGGUGAAGACACAAAACUGAAAAGCACAGGAGAAGGAGCGUUCCCACGAAAUAUUCUCGAGACUGGCGACAGUCGCAAAAAAACAAAAACACAUUAUGAUAUCACAGUGUCUCUAUUUCUAAUAGAGACGUUCUCACCAACAAACUGAAUAACUGUUACAAUAAUUUAUCAGUUCUCAAGAGUCUUGGGAGUUUCCUCUUUUGUAUCACGUACGCUUUGGCUGUCAGCAGAGACUAGUUCGAACCAGUUUCAAACCAAAAGUCAAGCAUUUAAAAGCAAGUGUUGGCUGAAGGAACACGGGUGCACCGUCACACCUGCCUCUCCCUCCCUACCCCAGAGGAGGCCAUCCAAUGGCUAUGCAACUCUAGUACGCAAUGGAUUCCAGCGUAAUGGAACCCGCAUUAUUUUCACAGUUCGGAAGCUUCUCCGAUGCGAGAAGAAAAUCCUUUUUAUAGCAAUUAAGUUGCCACCGAGAGAUUGCACAGUCAGUUGACUCUAAACAGCACUCCUUUUGAUUUUACACGCCAAUGGCCUAAAAGAGAAAAAAAAAAUCAUGCGAACGAAAAAUUAUCAUCGUAAAUAAGAAUCCACGAUCACGCUAAAAUUCAUACUGUUGUUGUAAGGUCGACGCAAAUGGAAGAGGGGAGUAAUUUCGUAACUCGAUAGCUAAGUGUCAAUUUUUAAAGUUAUUUAGGUCUCUUGUAAGGGUAGCGCUCGUUUAUUUUUUUUCCAUAGCUUUAAUCGCCUCCGCGACUUGCGUUUUGAAGCCCGCGGAGGUCUUGUUUAAUAAUAAACGUCAUUUUAGGCCAAAACAAAGACAGAUAGUGAAGAAAAAAGGAUUUGUACAGUACUUUGAGUAAAUAUUCCUGACAAGAUAUUUUUUAAAGAGAAUGAACAAGCCUGAUUUUUAUCCUCUUAUAAUACAUCAGAGACCUCUAACCAAGUUGGGCGGUUUGGGCCCAUAGAAUUACAAUUCUAAUCCAAUAUCUAUGGUGUUAUAAAUUCUAAUUCUAUGGUGUGGCCAUGGGCCACUGCACUGUAUGGGCUGGUGCUCAGCACCAGGGUACCGGACGCUGAGUGUAACCGCUCGCUCUCGUGCAAACUCGAAACUUCAGGUUUUUCACCAGCUUCUCCAUUCACUGUUCACCCACCCGUAUACAAGCUUUUCGUGGCGUCCACAACAUGUUCACGGAACACAUCUGUCCUCCGAGACAACUGGAAAAAUUCCUUACGAAACGGACUUGUUUUGUUGUUUCUUCAUACUGUAUAUGACUGAGGACUCGGACACAUUUUCAUCUACAUUUCUUGUUUAACACAUUUAAAAAAAAAAAAAAAGAGGAAAAUAUGUAGAUUGUGAAUGAAAAGCUCUUUUACCGUUCGCAACCUGAGGUGAAUCUCUACACUCACGCGUCAGAGGACGCAGCAAGGACUCUGCACCUCUGUAGAAACGUUCUUUCUCUCCUGAAACACCUUUCGAAGCCUGCUCACCUUUCACCUCCGGCCCUUGUCGUCAUUGUAUGCAGUUGAUUUUGUGAACGAAAGUGCAGAUCGGUGGUGCCACGCGCUCGUCUGCGUGCGAACCUUGAGUGUGAGGGUGUUUGUGUGUGUGUGAUUGUUGACAAGAGCGAUUUAUAUUUGUAUAUUACUACUACUACUCUCCACAGGCAGUGGAAGCAAACACCUCCUCACGUCCCUAAGCUAUUUAGCAGUCCUGCAGCAUAUCACAUAGUACAUUUAAGUUCUUUUUAUUUACACGCAUAAACUAAUGGUAGAUAUUUUUUGUUUGUUGGUGUGGUUUGCUUAUUUAUAGAUGCUGUCUUUUACAUAUUGAUGUCUUAUAUUGUUAUACGUGUUCUUUUUUUUGUAAUGGAAGGGACUAUAAAAGGUCAGGUUACAUAUUUUUAGACUAAUAGACUGCCGGCAGUAUUGGAUUACAUUUAAAUGAUGUACUUUUGAUACAUGUCUAUUGAUUAAUUCUGAAGAUUAUCAUUUUUUUUCAUAUAUUUUACUCUGUUAGUGAGCUGGAUGAACAUUUACUACAUUGACAAAGGAAGCAGAAUUCUAUGUAUUGCAUUAAUUUUAAUUAGUACACAUUUGAGAUGUUUUAACAAUUUUUAAAGAUGACAAUUCAAGAUAAAUUGCGUUUGGUUGUAUUCACUCUACAAAAGCAAACCGAUUGAUGCUCUUGAAUUGGGUUUUCAGGUAAUUAACCUGCGAACGUUCUGAGAUUACGUACGUUUAUAAAUCGCAAUCAAGCUUAGUUGCUAUAAUGAGCCAGUGAACAACUGGUAGUUAACGUCACUGAAAUUAGCUGUCGCUUUGAGCUGCACCUUGAGGAAUUGGACUUUGGUGUUUGGUUUUUUUUCAGUGGGAAUGAAAUUCAUGUCAGUUCAGUUGCGUUAAAAUUUACGCCGACGAAUCUUGAAGAACAACAUCGGCUUAAAACUACCUUUGGCCUUUUUUAUGUGUGCCAAUGAAUGAUUCAAAUCAAAUUUGUCUCUUUAUGACCUAACGAAAGCACAGAAGAUACUUCAUGAACCAAUGUUUUUAUCGGAAUAUUCGAAUAAUAUGUCGAAAGCCCGUGACUGUUUCUUGAACUUUCUCUCCACGUCUAACAUUGGAGUGCCUUCACUGAAAACUGUUCGCUACUAUAAUCGCGUCGUCUUCAUUCCAAAUAAGUGAUUAGAAGUAUCGCGUGUCAGAUCAUACCACGGUUUAGCCAUUUUCGCCAGCAAGUUUAAUAAUAAGGUCUCAUCUAGUCUCAGGUCAUAACGUUGUGUACUUUUAGGGUGUCUGUAUUGUUUUAUCUGAGAGAAAACAGCUGUCCCAGGAUUCAGGCUUGGUUAUUAAAAAAACCAACGUUUUUACAAUGGCAAUUUCGAUCGGUUAACUUCACAUUUCUUUGUCCCAAAUGUCGUUUUAAUCAUUUCUAGGCAUUCAUUAGAUGUUUUUGACCAUGUUAUUGUAUUUGAGCUGUAGGAUUCCCCCAUGCUGGAGGAAGUUCACAGAUGGAUUUGGCAUGUGGAAACUCUUGAAAUGAUUUGUAGACUAUACUGUAGUGUGGACCAAAUUGUCAGAACAGACAAAUCAGCUUGUAAAGACUCUUUUCUGAUCAUGAACAUGUGAUUUCAAUUGAACCCAGACAAAGUAAACACAUUUAGGAGCACAUUCAAAUCUGGUCUAUAUUAAGGACACUUUUUUAUGUCCGUCACGUUCUCACUGACUGAAACCAUAACCGUACUGUCGAUAUCAUGGCAUGAAACACUUAGAAGAACACUUAAGAGUUUCCAGACGAUUCUCAGUGCAGAUGUCCAGCACUUUUUCUCUGCUUUUUGCAAAUAUUUUUCUAUGGAAAGUAUUGCAGAUGACUAAAUAACACAUCAACAUACGACUGCACAGACAGCACGUUUAUAUGAUUUCUUAAGAAAAAGACAAAAAAAGAAAAAA